AUGUCGUCGCGUUCUCAUCCAAAUAUAACUCGUAGUCAAAAUGGAUCAUCUUCUGUCAUGAUUGAACUUCCAAAAAGACCAGCAAGACCAGCAAUUUUGCUCAUCAAACGCAUACAAAUUAGUGAAUUGCAGAAUAGAAAUGAAAGAACCAAAAGAUUUUUACCGUUUGGAUCAAAUUCAAAGGCAAAGUUGGAAUUUAGUAUAGAUAGUGAAUGUUGCAUGACUACUGUUACGGAAACUAAAUUUAAAAAGAAAACUACUUGGUCUGAGCACUUGACCUUUGACUUAUCGCCUUCAACAAAAGAUAUUUUAUCAGUCAAAUGCUAUGAUAUGAGCAAAGGUGGUAACGAAGGAUUUUGUGGGGAAGCUGAAGUAAGAUUAAGUUCUUACAAAGACCAGAAAAAUAAAGUGAAUGUAUCAUUGGUCAAUCAUAAAAAACAGGUCGGACGAAUAACUUUCAAUAUUUAUUUUCUCUCCGGGGAUCCACCAAAAGAUGUUGAUCUAAGCUCACACGACGAAUCUUCGUCGUCGAACGAUAAAAUAGGUGGCGUAUUAUUAUUGAAAGACAUUACUUGUAAAGGAAUGAGCAAACGAGGACAUUUGGAAUUCGUUCUCAAUGAUGGAGCUAAGGAAACGACUGAAGACUACUGGAAAAUGUCACCAGAGAUUUGUGAAUACGCUGUAGCGUUUAAUCUGAACGUUAAAAAAGUAAAAUUAUGCAUACAAUGUCAGUUCAGUGCACUACUCACUGGCUUUGCAAAAACAAAAUAUGAAAUCAAGUCCGAAGCUUGGAGAACAUUGAUGCAGACGGGAACAAUCAAAUCUGGCGAUCUGUCAUUUGUAGAAAACGGCUUUGAUGAUGGAUCUAUAAAAUUUAGAGUAUCCUUUCAUGCUUUAACUACCUUCGAGGCGAUCAUCCAAGAAGAUACAACGACAACGACCAUCACCACUAUCGCUAUUCCAAUUAACGCUAAACAAAAUGAAGAAGCACAGAAAAAACUCAACGAGAUUAAUCCAAAAAUAGAAACAGAGCAAAUUACAAAAGUAGAACAGAAAAAUAUAAACAGGACUAUUGAACCAAAAGAAGAAACAAAGCAAGUGGAAACAAGUGUAAUAAACGACGAAAGAGACCUUAACGAGAACAACAAUAAUCAAAUUCAAAAUAAUAAGGAUUUCAAAACAGAGCAAAUUACAAAAAUAGAAACAGAGCAAAUUAAAAAAGUAGAGCAUAUAAGUAAGAUUAUUCCAAUUGAACCAAAAGAAGAAAAAAAGCAGGUUACGGAAACAAGUCAGGUAAAUGACAAAAUAGAUCUUAACGAGAGCAACAAUAAUCAAAAUCAAAAUAAUAAUGAUUUCAAAGCAGAGCGAACUACAAAAGGGGAGCAGAAGAUAAAUAAGACUAUUCAAACAGAACCAAAAGAAGAAACAAAGCAAAUCGUGGAAACAAGUCGAUCACAAAGAAUAUUCAAUGAUAAAAGAGACCUUAACGAGAGCAACAAUAAUCAAAAUCAAAAUAAUAAGGAGUUCAUCCAAUACCAAUUUGAAAAACAACAAUCACCUAAUCAGUCGCGGCGUAACACAAUUUCUUCAACAACUUCAUCUUCGAGAUAUAGUACUAGAACACAUACAUCAUACGCAUCCCCUCUCGAGACGAAAAUUGUCUGCUCAAGAUAUUUAAUAUUAGCUCCGGUUGAAAAUAAUGUUCCUACGACUAGGCAAUCUGAUCAAGAUAGAAAUCAAUUAUACAAAGGCCACGAUAUUUAUUGUAACUCAGACCAGGUAAUAAUAAAAGUGUUUGCGCGCCAAACUUCGUGGGAAAAUGAAAGAAAAUUUCUUUGCAGUUUAAGGUCGAAAUAUGUCGUAAAAUGGUUAAAUAUGGAAGUCAACCGUUCAUUAGACGGCUUUGUGUCUAUUACCUCCUAUGCCGGAGACAAUUUGGAAGUAAAUAACUUUCUAUUUGAAGAUUUAAUUUCAAAAAAUCAAAUAUUGUUAAGCAUAUCUAGAGCAAUUGAAUUUCUUCAUGGUGCAAAAGUUGCUCACCUCGAUUUAAAGCCGACAAAUAUCAUUUGUAAACCGAACAAUGCAUAUAAGAUACGUCUGUGUGAUUUCGAAUCGGCAAAAAUGUUCGGUGACUAUUUGCAAUCCAAUUACUUUUGCUCAUAUGGCUUUAGUGCUCCAGAGAUCGUGCAACGUACCGAUACUAUUCAAGCUAGCUCCGCUCAAGAUAUAUUUAGCCUGGGCUGCAUUUUCUAUUUCAUUCAUACGAGUAAACGCAUUUAUGAUAAUUUCGAAGAUUUCAAGAAUUUGACAUGUUUUAAUCAUGUUCAUGGUGAUAUUUUCGACGAGCGAGCCGCAAAUAUCAUGUUACAAAUGUUAGAUUUCUAA